ACCUUCAGACCCAGGAGCCAGCAUCUCUCAGGACAGGGGCAGCCCCAUGAAGACAUCAGCAGCCUCAGCCAACUCUGCCGCUGGCCUCCCCAGGUCCCCCCCCGACAAAGUCACAGAAGGAGCCAGGAUGGCAUCCCCACCAUCUGCAGACUCCUCAAGUGCAUCCUUAGCAAAGGUCACCUUUUCUUCUGCCGCCACUGGCACUGGCGAGGCUGCAGAGCCAGCGACACGUUCCUUGUCUGACACUCUCCACAGUGCCUCCCAGGACCCCCCUGUGCCUCCUACUCAGCUGCCUCCAGCCCUUUUGCCCCAAAUCCCUGGUGAUGCUGUGCCAGACACAGGAGAGAUGCUUCCCGCCAGCCACAGCGCCACUCCUGAAACUGCUGGAGAUGGGCUGCCUGGAGUCAGUGCUGUCACUCACCUCCAGAGCACCACACUAGCUCCAGGCACGCUGGCUGUGGUAGUGGAUGUCAUAGCUGAAGAGCAUAUCCCCACUGUAUCAUUCCCAGCUCUGGGAAGCACCAAUGCUGAGCUGGUGUCCAUGAGGAAUGAGGACAGCACCAAAGCUACAGUGGGCACUGCUUUCUCGGAGACCAAGGCCACCCCAGGGGAGCUCAGCAUGAGCCUAUCCCCACAUUCAGCUCUUGAUGACCCUGGUGAUCCUUCUCUAAGGUCCUUUCUGCACUCCACAGGCUCUCUGUUCCCCCAGACCCCCUCAUCAGGUGGAACCCAUCCAACAAGACCCAGUAUGGCUGUGCCCUUGUCCCUCAUGGGUGCCGGUGAAGAAAAACCAGAGAGGGCCCCUCGAGCUGUUGCUGCUGCACCAACACCUUCCAUUGCUGUGUAUGGCACUGGGACACUGCCAACUGCACAUCCAUCCUCCCUUGUUAGCAACACUCCAAUUCAUGAAGCAGGGAUGGGAAAAGCAUCACUGGCCAGUGGCACUGCCAUCACUAAGCUAGGGGACACCGGAGCCACCCUGCCUGUACCUGAUGCAUCCCCCAGCCACAGCCAGCCUGGUCCCACGGCAGGCUCAAGAACCUCAGGAACUGCUGUCACACCUGUACCCGGACCAGGUGCGCCACUCUGGGCUGGGACACAACAUGGGGAACCUCUAGGGACAGAGGCGUGGUCACCAAGCACUGCACCUGGCACCGGCACAGCUGUACCAGCUACCCCAGGGAUGUUCAAAGCAGUCACUGUCCCCAUGGCACCCCAAGCAGAUGUCCCCCGCCUAAUGGAAGGCAGUGCCAAUGUAGGAAUGGCUCUGGGGGUGCCCCCAUCUGGCAUCCCACAAGAGAUGGCAGCAGUCACAUCCCCAUUGUCCCUGGAUACCACACCACCAGCAAUAGGAGCUUCAGGUGACCCCCAGCUCGACGGCAGCAUCACAGGGCAAGCAACGGGGAUGGGGUUCCUGGAGGUGGGCACGGAGGAGAACCCAGAUGCCAGUGCAGCAGGGCCAACUUCCAGACAUGCGACCAUCACUGCCAGGCCAUCACCAGAGCCACCUGCCCAACAGAAUGAUGCUUCUGAAACAAGGCCCCCAGUGAAUCUGACUCUUCCAGCUCCCAAGGGCAGUCCCUCAGCCCCACUGGCUGUGACUAACCCCAGCCCAGCACUGACCAAGGCCAGACUCCUCACCAGCACAGCCACUAUCAAGACAUCCCAGCCCAUGGUACCACCAAGCCCCAAAAACGCAGCUGCAGAGGGAGGCCAGGGCACGUCCCAGUUGGCAGGAGAUGACAGCACCGUGCAGGCAACUCUGGGCUCAACCCUGGUUGAGAACACAAGGGUGGGUGCCACAACAGGUACCCAUCGCAGCGGUGACAUCUCUUUGGGGAUAGGCCCACAGGUGUCACCCCAUGACACAGCCAGCAUCGAUACCCAUCCAAGUGCUGCAUCUUUCCACAGCUACCGCACUGCUGAGCCCACCUCAGACAUGGGCAUGAACUUGGACACGGACACAGUUUCUCCCAUGAUGAGGAACGAGGCUGCGAGGCUGUCCCUGGGGUUGCCCACUCCUAUGACUGGGGUGACUGAGCCAGCAGCCAGCGAUGCCACCCUGUCAGCACACUCUGUCCUGGGCAGCAAAAGUCCUACAGCAGUGGCCGUCAUGGGCUCAGUGUCACCCACAGCUACAGAGCUGAUUGUAGCACCUUCCCCUGGCCUUGCUCACAGCACUGCUGAGACAGAUGUCAGUGUGUCCUCUACUGUCCCUGUGAGCACCCAUCUGGAGAUGGUGGCACCCUCUGACACCCCCAGCAUCACUGUCACUGGUCCAGCAGUGAAAGCAGGUGAUGUCAGUAUGGACAGGGUCACAACACCUGCCUCUGCUGUUCCCAGCAGUGCCUCUGCUCCCCACAGCCCCCAUGUCACCUCGAGGACAUCUCCUGAGGCCACUGAUAGCAUCCACAACCCAAACCCGAGAACUCUCAAUGCAGUCACUGAGGACGAGCCCAUAGCUGGGGUCACCACACUGGCUGUUGGCCACACACACCUGUGGGAGACUACAAUUGCAUCCUGGUCAGGUGCUGAAGGUAUCACUGCCCGUGCAGACACCACCCCAACUGAGAGCCUCAAUGAGGAUGUAGCACCCUCAGCCAGCACCAGCAGCACCCACGUCCCUGAUUCCAACUCCACUGGGACAAACCUGGCCACCACACCAGCCACCAGCAUGUUCCCCAGCAACACCACCCCGCCAGCCACCUCAGUGGGCUGGGACACCUCUGUGGUGACCAGGGCCACCACAGCCACGCCAUUUGCCGCAGCAAGGAACAUCACCACGAGUAGUGCCCUGUCCCUCACUGUAACACACAGUGAGACAAGCAGAGGUGGGCAAUCUGUCCUGUCCCCACCAAGUAACUCCUCACUGGAAACAACUGCUGUGUCCCAGGGUGCUCUUAGUCCCAGCCCUGCUGUUGCAGUGCCCAGUUCACCCCUCCCCAGCCUGAACAGCCCAGCAGAGGAGGCAACAACAACCCCUUCAUCCCUGCUUGGUGUUGGUGCAACCAGGGAGGUGGCAGCUGGACAGACCCCCACUGAGUCAACAACAGGCACCACUUCUACAUCUGCCAGCAACCACAACACGGGACAAGCAGUGAGCACAUCCCCUCCUGCCUUCCAGACAUCUCCAGGGGCACCUCCAUGGGGGGACCAAACAGCCAUCACUGCAGGCAAGACCACAGCCAUUGCUGCAGAGAAUACCACAGCCAUCACUGCAAGGAACACUUCAGCCAUCACUGCAGAGAGCACUACAGCCAUCCCUGCAGGGAGUACCGUGGCCAUCCCUGAGGGCAGCACCACAGCCAUCAGCACCACAUCCAUCACUGCAGGCAGCACCACGGCCAUUGCAUCCACAGCUCCAGUGAGCCCAGCCAAGGAGCUGGGAGGUCUCCCAGCUCCAGGCACCACAGCAUUGCUGAGACCACCAGCCACCACCAGCCCUGCCACCUCCCCAUCUUCUGCCUUUGGGACACAGAGAGGACCAGCACUGAGCACAUCUGCCCACACCACUGCUGGCCACAGAAAUCCUGCCCCUGAGCCCCAACCCACCCAUGAGCUUAUCAUGCCAGCAGCCUCCCUCUACCCUUUUGGCAUCGAAGGAGGGGACCAAGUGUACGUCCAGAGGAUGGUGGAUUUUAACUCCCCGCUGUUCAAGCCAGAGAUUGGAUUUCCCUUUGGGAAGUCGCUGCGAGAUGCUCUCUAUUUUACAGAUAAUGGACAGAUCAUUUUCCCACCCACGGACAACUAUUUCCCGUCCAACCCCAACCCACCUCCCCGGGGCUUCAGCGGCCGGGAGAGUUUCCCAAUGGUGGCUGCCUUUUGGGAUGAUGCAGAUUUCUCCCAGGGCAUUGGCACCACCUGGUACCAGGAGUACUCCACCCUCAGCUCUACCCGAGACCCCCUUGUCCAGGAUGUGGAAGCAAAGAUUGAGAAAUACCUGAAAAUCCCCUACGUAGCAAAAUGGACCUUGAAGGUGACAUGGGAGAAGGCUCCAGCAUAUCCAUCCCAGAGGGAUGACACGCAGACAAGCACAUACCAGGCAGUCCUCACUACCGAUGGGAACUAUUCCUUCGCCCUGCUGCUCUACCAGGACGGCGGGAUGAGGUGGGACUACACCAAGCUGGCUGCAGGCAACGUGCUGAUCGGCUUCUCCAGCGGCAAUGGUUAUGCCCAAAACAGCGAGCUGACUCAAAAGCCACGAGCUGUCAAGUACAGACCAGACCAGCACAGCAGCAUCGGCUUCGAUGUGCGUGGACUGUGGAUAUAUAGGCUGGACAGUCGCCCCCGGGUGAACUACAGGCUGUGGUGCCUGGCAUGGUUGGAUGCAGAGCCAGCACCGGCCACCUGGAACAGCCAGCUGCCACCAUGCCCCUGCUCCCGGCCCCAGGCAGAGCUGGACCCCCGCUACCGCUGGAGCAGAGGCCUGGCAGAUGCCUCCACGAAGAUGCUGCGCACUGCAUCCCCCAGCCCCACCGGAGCUGGGGUGCGAUGUCUGUACCAAGAUGGGAGCUUCCUCGAAGGCUGGCAGGAGAGAGCAUGGAGCCUCCCCAUCCACCCCACCUCUGACAGGGAGCUGGAGGCGUUCAACUGGUGCUGCCGGCGUGUGGGGAAGCCCCUGUUCUGCUCCAGGUUUGCUGAGAAGAGGCCGAGGGUUGGCUGUGAGGGAUAUGUGCCCCCCACCCCCGCUGGCGCCUUUGGGGACCCCCACAUCACCACCCUGGAUGGACUCACCUACACCUUCAAUGGGCUCGGGGACUUUGUCCUGCUGCUGACUGGCGAUGCCCACACCAGCUUCGUGCUGCAGGGGCGCACGGCACAGACCGGCACGGCCCAGGCCACCAACUUCGUGGCAUUUGCUGCCCAGUACAUCUCCACAACCACCACAACAGUUGAAUGGACCUUGGGAAGCCAGGGUGACAUCCAAGUACUCCUGAACAAUGAAACCAUCCAGUUUUCCUAUUCCCAAGACAUGGGUGACGAGGUGUACUACAGCCCUGGAGUUCUGCUGAUCAAUGCCUCCUCUGUCACGGCCGUCUUUGAUGGGACCAUCGCCAUCUCCAUCUCGGCCACCUCCGGGAUCCUCAGCGUGGUCUGCAGCCUGCCCGACUGGUACCGCAACAGCACCAAGGGCCUCCUGGGUGUGUGGGACCAUGACCCCGCAGAUGAUUUCCAGAUGCCAAAUGGUACCAGCAUCCCUGUGAACAGCAGCGAGGAGGAAAUCUAUAACUAUGGGAUGACCUGGGCUGUUGGUGAGAACAGCCUGUUUGCUCAGCCUUUGGACUCACUGGCACUGAACUUCACACCCAUCUUCUUGUCUCGGCUGCGGCAGGAGAAUGAAAACCAGUACCAGCUGGCAGCCUCACAGUGUCAUGGCAGCAAGGAGUGUAUCUACGAUUCACUGAGCACAGGGAACUUGGCCCUGGGCCUGGCCACCCAGAGCCUUGCAGCUGACUUCCAGCAGAGGAAGACAGUACUCAACUCCUUCCCUCCGGUCAUCACCGGUGACGCUUCGGUCACGGCAUUCAGGGCAGAGAAGGUCAGAAGGCAGUACCACGCCCUGGGGGUGGGUGCGCGCUUUGUGCCUCACCUCUCACCAGAACUCAACAUAUCAGAGAAUGGCACCCUGACGUGGGAACCCCGUGGGAUAGUCCCAUUCACCAUUAACCUGGAGGCUGUCGGGUCCAACAACCUCUCUGCGCUCCUCCAGCUCCGCUUCACCCUUUGCAGAUGCAGCAGGAGCCAGGAGUGUGACUACAGCAACACUGUCACCCUCAGGGAGUCUUCCCUGCAGCUGGCAGCCUGCAGGUGCGAAAGUGGCUACUCAGGUCCCUUGUGCCAGGACCCUCCGGACCCCUGCUCCCAGGGAUGCUUCCCUGGUGUGGGCUGUGACCCGUACACUGGCUGUGGCCCCUGCCCAGCUGGCCUGACUGGUGAUGGACAGCACUGCUCAGAUAUCGACGAGUGCGCGCAGGGGACGGAGUGCCUGGGGAACGCCACCUGCACCAACACGGUGGGCAGCUACGUCUGCUCCUGCCCAGCCGGUGAGGAGAGUGAGAGGCCAGGCUGUGGCUCAGCCUGUGGAUCCCGCUCCUGCCCCGAGGGCUACUGCAGCAACGGGGGACGCUGCCACCUGCACCCCAUCACCUGCACCCCCACCUGUGCCUGCCCCUCCGCUUUCACCGACCAGCGCUGCCUGGUGGCGGGGGGGGAUUUUCGGCCACUGCCUAGUGCAGAUCUGCCCCGGCGAAGCAUCCAGCUGCGGGUCAGGACACUGCUAAACACCACUGCUGAGGAAGUCAACAGCACUGUGUCAGCCAUCCUGGGCUCCCUGGAGGUAAAGACUUUCCAGAGCAACACCAACGUCACCCAGACGACAGACAGUGAUGGCUUCACCUUCGUGGUGGUGUCUGAGUUUGCCUAUGACAGCCACAGCACCGUCAUCCGAUUCCUGAACGAGGAGCUGCCUGUGGCCAUCACCAGAGCCUUCAAUGGGUGGCAGGGGCGACGGGAGGCAGGCACAGGGCUCCUCUUCCAGCGCCUGCACCAGGACAACAUCACUGACCUGGUGAAGCUGACAGUGGCUGAGCUGAGGGACUAUUUCCCUUGUGCUCUGUAUGGCUACAAGGGCUACCGCCUCCACUACGUGGGGACCAUCGGCUUUGUCUGCGUCUCCCCUUGCAAGAUGGGCUACUGCCAGCACGGCAGCCGGUGCCAGCACCUGCCCGAGGGGCCCACGUGCAGCUGCCUGCCUUUCUCCAUCUUCUCCCCGGCCGGCACCCGCUGCGAGUGGCUGGCCAUCAGCCUCGCCGCCUUCCUUGGAAUCUUGCUGGGAGCCCUGGCUCUGCUCUGCCUCCUGUUUGCCAUCGCCUGCCUGACCCUGCACCUCUGCCGCCGGUACCACCGCCAGCACCAGGGGGCCAAGGAGACCUUCUGGAGGACACGGCCCUUCUCCUCUUUGACAAUGGCAGAAGAGCAAGCAGAGCCCAUCCACUCCCACUCCCUGGAAAGGCCCUGGAAACCGCAGCUCCAGGCUAUUGACCCCUCAGUCCAGAUAAAGAUCCAGAGACCCCACAUCAGGCCCCCAAACCAGCCCCUGCAACAGCCCUAGCCUGCCACUGGUCCUGCUCCGACUCCUCCAGGCUCACCAAGGAAUCAGAUGCUGCCUCCCGCUCUGCUCUUGCUCUCAGGGUCUCCAGCAACACCAACACAUGGAAGCAGAGGACAGGCUUUUGG